GGCUUGCAAGUGCGGAUCACACGGUCAACUUCCAUCGGCGGACUCUUAGUGGUCAUGCCUUUUGGCCUCACCAACGCCCCGGCGACAUUCCAGGCGGCGAUGACCAAUGAGUUUCGUGCAAUGUUGGACCGGUUCGUGCUGGUCCACUUAGACGAUAUUCUCGUCUACAGCCGUACAUUGGAGGAUCAUCUUGGACAUCUUCGACGAGUGUUGGAGACGCUCCGCCGUGCCAAGUACAAGGCCAACCGCGACAAGUGCGAAUUUGUCCGGCAAGAGAUGGAAUACUUGGGCCAUUUUGUCAUACCGGAGGGCAUCAGUCCACUAUCGGACAAGAUUCAGUCCGUCCAAGAGUGGCCAGAGCCUCGGAACGUCACGGAUGUCCGCUCGUUCCUUGGUCUUACCGGCUACUAUCAGCGCUUCAUCAAAGGCUACUCCAAGAUCGUGGCCCACUUGAACAAGCUUCAGUGCGAGGAUCGACCGUUUGACUUCGGAGAGGAGGCGCGGGGAUCAUUCCUCGCUCUCAAAGCCGCGCUAUUGUCUACGGAGGUGUUGCGGAUAUACGACCCGCUCCCGCCUACACGUGUCACUACGGAUGCGUCAGGCUAUGGCAUUGGUGCAGUCCUCGAGCAACAUGAUGGUGUGGACUGGCACCCGGUCGAGUACUUCAGCAAGAAAGUGUCACGCGUGCAUUCCAUUGACGAUGCACGCAAGAAGGAGCUCCUCGCCUUUGUCCACGCGCUCAAGCGGUGGCGGCACUUCCUCCUUGGUCGAAGCCAAUUCCGCUGGGUAACGGACAACAAUCCGUUGGUCUUUUACAAGACCCAAGACACCAUCAACAGCACCAUCACUCGAUGGAUGACUUUCAUCAACCAGUUCGACUUCUUUCUCGAUCACAUUCCCAGGAAGUCGAACCGUUUUGCGAGUGCUCUUUCACGGCGUCCGGAUCACUGUAUCGCGGUCUACUCGACUUUCAAGAUUGACGAUGACCUGCGGAACAACUUCAUCCGCGGUUACCAAGCAGACCCCGAGUUUCGCGACAAGUACACGAAUUGCUCCUCGCCUAAUCCGGCUCCUUCUCACUACCGGAUCCAGGAGGGGUACUUGCUUGUCCACACGCGGAGGAAGGACCUUCUUUGCGUACCAAGUGAUCCUCACUUGCGUACACGGCUUCUUGGCGAGUUCCACGACGCUCCUGCCACCGGACAUUUUGGAGUCAAUCGCACGAUUGGCCGACUUCGCAAGCGAUUUUGGUGGCCCGGCCUUCUCGGCGACGUCACACGCUAUUGCGAGUCAUGCGAGAGAGAGAGAGAGGCGAUGGAUGAUCUGCUAUGCUCCUCCGCUGACUAGACACGUCCUGAAGCGCGCGCGAUCAGAGUUCGAACACACCCCAGUAGGUGCAAAUCUGCUGGCCUGCACGUUCGCUUCGUCCUUCGUCUCGGAACGUUUCCGGCGGCACAGACAAAGGAUCGGAUAGGGGAAUCAAUCGAUUAUCCUCCGCCAGGUCGACCUCAAGUUCAUAUAAACAUUUCUCGCAAGCCGUUCACAUAGCCUCGUUUCUACCCUCAUGUCGAUUAGCUUGUCUG